UUUAAAUUAAAAAAAUAAGCGUGCAUGAUCGCAUGAUCUACUGUAAUCAGUUUUGUUGUUGAUUUAUUUCAUCAAAUUAAAAUUAUAAAUAUUAUACCAAAACAAUUAUUAUACAUGAAUGGACAAAGCAGUGAGACGCAAGUGCAUUGUCGCACGAUGCAGAUCAAAUGGAAUACUAGUACGACCGGAUGCCGAUAAUGGCUUUUGGUUGUCACUAUUGCUUACUUUCGCCCUAUUGCUCAAUGUAGUGAAUCGUGAUCGACAACCUAUCAGCCUUAUUUAUAAACGAACAACGAUCCUCUGCUCUGGAAUGUUUUUACAAUCGACGUGUAUAUUUGUUUCGUUCUGCACGAAAGAACCUGUGCGAGGUAGUGGUAAAGUGCUUUACACUACGUUGACAACAUGCAUUACUAGCUUUCUUUUCUGGAUGACUUUAAAUGAGAACGUGAUUUUUAGUUCUUUGAGUGGUUUUUUCAGCUGUGUGUUAUAUGACAGGAUUUUAUUUUACAUUUUAAUAAAAAUGCCCAAGUCAUUCACACUAGGUGAAGCAUCGCUAGUUUGCCAGGGAUUGGUCGCUUUUCUAUAUACUGCUUUUAUUCAGAUUCCUGAGACGUUUAUUUAUGACAAGCUCAAGUACAACACAGCCGGACAGAUGCAGCUAAUCGUUCAGAUUAGUCUUCUGGCUAGCAGUUUGGUUAUAAUCCUAUGUCAUUUCCUACCUAUACUCCGUAAUACUAUAUGUUUUUGGAUACUGUUUCUUCUGGUUGCUAGUGGUACCGCUUUACUGCCCAUUGCGGGUUACCCGGUGUUUUUCAAAUUAUUCGAAUUUAUAUUCAGCGACCUCAAACGCAUCACAACUGUGAUGAUAUACCUGUUAUUGCUAAUAAUAACGAGCAUUUUUGUAAUAUGGCAACUCCAUCGUGACUGUACCGCAAACACAAUGUUAAGAAAAAUCUUUCAUUUCCUCGUUCUUUUUGUAUACUUACCCGGAUUGUGGUACCAAUGCACUUUGCUUUACGUUGCCUCUGCCUUCAUGCUGGCAUUGCUGUUGCUAUUAGAGACAGCACGAAUCAUAGAAUUAAGGCCAAUUCAUGGAAUAUUGGAACAAGUCGUAAAGAGUUUUGUUGAUGAGAAAGACGCUGGCUCAGUAGCUCUUACACCUAUAUAUUUACUAGCUGGUUGCUCCCUACCGCUGUGGCUUCAUCCCGCUCCGUGUGAUUUGACCGACUCGGCCGGACAUGAUUUUUUGAAAAUGAUGGCUGGGAUUUUAUCUGUGGGCAUCGGUGAUACAUUAGCGAGUGUUUGUGGAUAUUACCUGGGUAAACAUAAGUGGAAUGGUUCGAAUAAAUCAGUAGAAGGAACACUAGCAAGUACGAUGGGCCAAAUUGUUGUAGUUUUUAUAAUACAUGAAAUGGGGAUUAUUCAACUGAAUACUUUGAAAGCAGCCACUGCAGGAUGUGCGAUUAUUACUAACGCGUUGAUCGAAGCAAAAACAAAUCAAGUAGACAAUUUAAUUUUACCAUUAGUUACCUACAUUGUAUUGUGUACAGUAUAAUCGAAAAACUAUAUAUAUAAAUUUAUAUAAAUUUUAAGAAUACGAUCGCAAAUAAUCAGUAGUAAAAUAUUCCAUAGAAAAGUGUUGUGAUAUGAUAUGAAUGCACAAUAAGAACAGUUUAAAAUACUUUUGUGGAAAUGCGAA